AUGGAUACUCCGCUCUUCAACGCCGCGCUCAUCCCCAAGUCCGUCGAGGCCCGUCUGCCUCCCGGAUACACAAUUCGGCCUUUGCAGGCUUCGGACUACCACCGAGGAGUUCUGCAGACCCUGGCGGUACUCACCACCGUCGGAGACAUUUCGGAAUCCGACUUCAUCAAGCGGUUCCAGUACUGGCAGGACCGAAACGACACAUACUACAACGUGGUCAUUGUGAACGACAAGGACCGAGUCGUGGCGAUCGGAUCUGUGGUCAUUGAGCGAAAGCUGAUCCACCACUGCGCCUCGGCAGGUCACAUCGAAGACAUUGCUGUGGCCUCAUCGGAACAGGGCAAGAAGCUCGGUCUCCAUCUCAUCAACACCCUCACAGCCAUCGCUGAGCAGGUCGGGGCAUACAAGGUCAUUCUCGACUGCUCCGACAAGAACGUGCCUUUCUACGAAAAGUGCGGCUACACACACAGCGGAAACGAAAUGGUUCUCAAGUUCAAGAAGCCUGGCACUUUGUAA